UGCCAGCAUAACCAUCUGCAAAUCGAAUCUGCAAACAUAUAAGGCCGUUGCAUCCCGAAAGUUUCGAGGCGUGAUUGUGCGCCAGCGUGUACAAGGGACACGAAGAGCGCGGCCAGGGAAGCAGAAGGGACACGCAGGAAGCAGGCUUUCAGAGCACCGGAUGCCGAACGUUUCUCGAGUUUGCUCUUUUUUUCUCGCGCAGGGUUGGAGCGGUCGUCGAUCGGCUGGAUAGUCCAAAAGUGUUGUUGGCUUCGCGAAAGCGAAAUGUGUCGUGCGGAAGUCAUUACUGCACGUCGCAAGCGGCGGUACAGCGUCCGCAACGCGGUUUUUGUUGUCGAGGCUUCGUUGCAGUGUGACGCCUAAACGCAGUUUGGCCGAACUUGUGCUUACAUUCUCUACCUGCGUAACUCAUCGCCUGAGUACUGCCACGGACACUACUGUUGUUGCCUGAGUUAAGUGACAAUUGUCGAGCUUGGAGCAAGGCGCGCGCCAGUGAGAGACUCUAGGAGCGAGAGCGGCCCUUCCUUGUUACUGAACAAACCCGCAUCAGCAACUAUUCUUGGCCGUUGCCGACGUGGUCUUUAACUGCAGUCUGGUGAGAGUUGGGCAACUCCGUGUCACAGUCGUCGCCCUUAGGACAACACAAGCAUGCGGCGGGCGACGAAGCUUGUGGCCUGUGCUGCAGUCUGCAUCUGGGGCCUCCAGCCGUCUGCCUUGCUGUCUGCUGCGCCGACUGAUGUGGCCUACCGGGUCGAGUGGCCUCGCACAGUUCCAGAGAUCACGGUGGAGCUGCCGCCCAAUUUUCCCGAGGGGUGGCCUUUCUACACCCUGUGCGCCGUCGUCGUGCCUCUGACGCUGCUCACGGGAGGGUCGGAGACAACCCCAGGGCAGUCCAGGCCCCUGCCACCUCCUCAGUACGAUCUCGUGUCAGCCAAGCCCCGAGUUGGGUUGAGGCUCUUGCCACAACAGUCAGCACCCUUCGCUGUUAACGCUUUGACCGGCGAAGUCACGUUGACAGAUGCCUUGCAUCCAAACGGUAGGUAG